UAACAAUUAAGUUUUAGCUUAAAAGCUACGAACCUAGAGAGGGCUUGAGAUUUCUUGAGAAAUUUCUAAGAUAGUCAGGUUUUGGUUUUUGCAAUGGAAAAAUCGAGCAACAAAGAUGGUUUCUUGGGUGGAUUUAGGAAACUAUUGACAGAACAGUGGCAAUCCGAUGUUCAGCUCAAGGCUGGAGACAGUGAUGAGGCUGAGGGUGCUACUAUCCCCGCCCACAAACUUGUUCUGGCAGCAAGGUCUGAGGUGUUUAAGAGGAUGCUGGAACCAGACGGGAUCAAGGCUUCGCCUAAGGUAGUAGAGACAAUCACUCUCCCUGAGAUGAAACAUGAAGAAGUUGAGGCUUUAGUUGAUUUCAUCUACAGCGUUGACAGCUCUUUCUCUUCUGCCAGUCUCAAGAAACAUGCUCGGUCACUCUAUCUUGCAGCUGAUAAAUAUGAUAUACCGCAUCUACGGGACCUGUGCAGAACCGAGCUAAUAUCUUCUUUGAAUUCAUCAAACGCUCUUAGCAUCUUUGAGCUCGCCCAAAUCCCUUUUGACUUUACCCUCUCCAAUUUUGCCUUCAAUAGUAUCCAAACCAAUUUAAACGUGAUUGCUGACUCUGAUGAGUUCAAGUUGUUUGUCGUCAAUCAUCCAAAUCUUACAGUGGCGAUUAUGAAGACUUCUCUUCGAGCCACUACUAACAAUCGAUUCCACUGUUAUUAUUGUGGUCGUGCACAAUGGUAAGCAUAGACCCUAACACUAUUAUUUUUUAGGCAUUGGAAUUAGUCAAUUAGGUGGUUUACUUUUGUUAUCGAGUGAAAUUUAGAUACCAAUUUCUCCACUCACAUCUUUGCUUCAAGUAAAUCCCAUGUGGGCGAUUGAUUAAUUACUUUAAUGAGUUUACCUCUGAGUUAUGUUGCUUACUGUUA